AUGGCACUGCGACUCUGGGGCCUCGUGCUCCUCGGACACCUCUCAUGGCUCGUGCUCGGCCAAAGCUACGACUACGUUGUGCCCUCCGUGCCGAACCCAGCUCACGUCAGCUACGUGCGUUUGGACCUGCGUCUUCCGUACGCCACGUCAUUGCAAGCGCUCAAGAUGAACCAACAUACGAUGGAGAGCAUGCUUACAAGCUACCUCAACAACAACGACAACGACACGGCGCUCGUGACGCACGUCGACACGGCGGGAUUUGAA